AUGGCAGUGGCGGAUGUGGCGCUGCCUCUGCCUGUUGCGGGAGCACCGUCCCUGCCAUCGACCACUUCAUGGGGCGUUGGUAGCGGACAGACGCCCGUCCCGCCACAAACACUGCGGCUCUCUGCAUUUGGCUUUUCAGCUCCAGCGGCUGCAGUUACUGCCUGCAAUCUCCUGUGCAGAUCACUGCCUUCAUGGCCGGCAAGGUCCAUGGUGAACGCAACGGUCUCCUCUGCUUUUCCUUCGCAGCUGGUGAUGCAGCUGUGCGAUGCGCAGAUCAACUCGGCCGCGGCGCAAACAGUUUCAUUGCGGCCCCCUGUGGCGCCACACGAUUUCACCUCGGAGCCGACAACGGCACACCCCGACUCAUCCCACCAGCAACAACGUGGCUUUGGUUGCGCAACGCAGCACGAUCUUCGUCAUCCAACGCACACGCAACCCACGCGUUGCUCCCACGCACUCAAAACGUCAAAUUGCCUUCAUUCACCCGCUCACAAGCAACCUCCACCGCCAGCUUCACAUUGCACCCCACUGAAGGCUGUUCAGCCACCGGCGUCGCCCCGCACACACACCGCAGCAGCGGCAGCCAACACGAGACACCCAACGCGAACACCCACCCCGCCGGCCACACGCCCACACACGGGAAGUGGGCACGCAUCCAUCGAAUGA